AUGUCAACUUCUGAGGUUCCUUUUUUAUCCCGUUUGCGGCCUUGUUUUGGCGCUUUCCUUAAUUGGCUUUUUGCAACUUGGUGACUUCGAGAAAGAGAAUCAAUCAUUCUAACGAUAAAAGAAAAAAGUUGGAAAAAGAGGGUUUCUUUGAAAUCUGUCGGCCACAACUCUUUGAAAACUGCUUCAGGGAUUUCUUUAAUUAAAUGGCCUUCCGAAAUUGUUCCUAUUUUUUCAAAGACGCUGUCUUUGAACGGCCUAGAGUUAAUGGAAGAAGCUUGCGAGAUCUUUACGGAACUUAUCUCUUGUCUUUUCCCCUUAUACGAAGAUUUUUGAACAGAUUUCACUGAAUUUUAAAUAAAGCUUGAAACAACGGAAGAUUUUCCAGCCACUUACUCUGCGUGAAGGUGAGCUGCCGCCGACGGACAUGAAGCCGUCGGGAAGCGUGACGAAGGUACAAGAGCUGGUGCACGUCAACGAGUGGACCUCCGACAAAUUCAUCGCUAAAGCUUCACUUUCCUGUUUCUUUUCUUACAAGGUUCGUUGUUGCCUACUCCAUUACUCACCCUUUCCAGAAAUUUUUCUGCAAGCGGACUGGCCAAGCUCGAAAACGUCCUGUGAUCAUGGACUGCCGUGGUCAUUUGAUCGUCUACGAGACGAAUUGUACUGGUGAGACUCGUCUGUUUUGAAGAAUAAGUUUCAGCCAAAGAUUUCAGGAUACGUCUUCGACCUAACUAAAGCGCACAAGGUGAUCACAAAAAACGACCACGGAAGCUGCGUUCUGAAAGUCAAGUUCAAGUUUGGCGCUAUCAACUUCUUGCUCACCGGGGUUCAAGUCUCCGAAUGGAGGUUUUCGCGUUUCAAGAUCUCGAAUGAGCCGUCUUCUCUUUCAGAAAUCUGCUGAUGUCGGCCUAUGAGAACACUCUGGACUUUGCUGUGACUUUUGCUUCGACGCGCAACACCAGCAAAGUCUCCUCGGAGGAGGACCAUCCAUGCAGCUUGCUCGACACGACUUUCGUGGAGGAACCUGAAGAGGUGACCGUUUUGAAGAAAUCCAUUUCAGCUCUUCGCUCAAUAGGAAGAUAGCGUUAUUAUGCUCCGCGUCUUCGAACUUAUCCAAAUUUUUCCAGGCUUCAAAGUCCUUCCUUGACGAUAUCACAGAGGAAGACUGUUCGGAAAAGUCUUGCAUCGAGCCUUUUGAAGAAACUCCGAUAAAAACAGCCAUAACAACACAUCCUAAUCGCUCCUGGACUACUUUGAACCAGGUACUCAGUCCACACUGUUUGUAUUCGAUUAUGAAUUCAAUCCAAGUUGUCCACUGCAACUGCUAAGAGUUCGACUUCACAAGAGGGGUCCGUCAAAAGCGUGAAUCUUAGCGAAAAGUACGCCUUUUCAGAUAUGAUAAUACAGCGAAUCUUCAAAAUUUCAGCAAAUCCGUUCGUCAAGGAGCCACCCGUGUGGCGACGCUGCGCAAAAAAAUUGAGGAGAUGAACGAGUCUUUCAACAAAGAGAACUCUUUCCACACUCCCGCCAAAGUCUGGCUAUUCUUAAGUUUGAAACAGAAGGCAUAUUCUUAAGGAUGUACAAAUGACGACGAUGGUACAGGCAGGCGGCAAAAGUUACAAACCUAUGCCGCCGGUCCGACCAGUUCCUCACGAGUACACGCCGAUCCAACGAGUCAGUAUCCACAAUUCGGAAGAAAAACAAAUUGUUUUAUUGCAGCAAAAAGUUGUCUUCAAAGCUCCCCCAGCUACGGCUUUCGCCAGGCAGCCGCUUCCGAGCAUGGCGUCCCCGUCGUCGACCUUCAAAAUCGUCUCGAUGACGUCGACGAGCACUUUCUCUAACACCGAAUCCGAAACACCGACUUUGCCUGUCAACGGACCGCCCAGGCCUUCUGGAGUCCGAGUUUUCUUGCACAAGGCUCAGUUGAGCGAGGAACGAGCUGAAGAAGUCAGCCAUUGGUCAGAUAUAUUGCUUUCCGUUAAAGUCACACUCCCUUUUUUUUUUACAGAUUUCCUUCCUUCACAUUAUUUUUAUUUUUUGUCGUCAACGUCUUGUUCUGCCUUUCAAAGAACACAAACGACACUUGUACAAUAA